AUGUCGGUGCCUCCCAAAUUUGCAGGGCUCAAGCUUUCUGCUGGUACCCCCCACGAGAGCCAGCAUACACUGGAAUUGUAUCUUGACUAUGUCUGCCCGUUCUCCGCCAAGAUGUUUAACACUUUUUACGCGCUGAGUCCCCAAAUCGCACAGCAGUACGGGGCCCGGCUUCAGGUCAUUCUUCGACAGCAUGUCCAGCCAUGGCAUCCCUCCUCCACGCUCACCCAUGAAGCUGGAGUAGCGGUGCUUCGUCUCGCCCCAGGCAAAUUCUGGGAAUUCAGCGCUGCAUUGUUCGAGCAACAGACCGAGUUCUUUGAUGUGAAUGUGGUAAAUGAAACCCGCAAUGCCACAUACGGACGGUUGGCCAAGAUCGCCGGGUCAGUUGGCGUGGACGAGAUUAAGUUCCUGGAUUUGUUGAGGAUCCCAGAAGCUCCCGGCGAAGAUGGACAUUUGAACGUGGGAAACAAGGUCACCAAUGAUCUUAAAUGGAUCAUUAAAACGGAUCGAGUGAUCGGGGUCCAUGUUUCGCCCACCGUCUUUUUCGACGGAGUGGAGGAGCGAGGCAUCAGCAGCAGCUUCACAGAGGCUCAAUGGGGGGAGUGGCUGGCUCAGAACGUGGUUUGA